UUCUGGCUCUGUCUGAGUCUGUGGCCGCUUUGGAGCUACUGAAGAGGGGAUGUCGCGCGAGUAGGACUUGGAAAGGCUUUAUGUGGUGGCGGUGUGGAGAUACUGGCUGAAAAGGAGUAGACUUGGCCGUAAGGCUGGCUAUGAUGUGGGUGGUUCUGGGCCACUGAGGGUGGCCAACGGUAGUUGCUGGCAACGGUCAUCGCUAAAAGCUGGCCACAAGAGCAUCUGAGUUGCUUUGUUGUACAGUAUGCAACCUUUGACUGCAUCUUCAGGACCUAUCUGCAUAUUGCAUCUAUGAAUCAUUUGGUGAACUGAAUGGCUCCUGCAUCGUGAUGUAUAGUCUGAUGGCCAAUUGCUGCAACUGGGUAAAGAGGUGGAGGGAACCUGUUAGGAAGGUGACAUUAAUCAUGGUGGGUCUUGAUAAUGCUGGGAAAACUGCAACAGUAAAAGGAAUCCAAGGAGAAUCUCCUGAGGAUGUGGCUCCAACAGUUGGCUUUUCUAAAAUUGACCUUAAACAAGGACGUUUUGAAGUCACAAUCUUUGACUUGGGAGGUGGAAAGCGAAUUCGGGGUAUCUGGAAGAAUUACUAUGCUGAAUCCUAUGGGGUGAUAUUUGUUGUGGAUUCCAGCGAUCUGGACAGAAUGGAAGAGACAAAAGAGACCAUGUCAGAACUUUUAAAGCAUCCGAAGAUAUCGGGGAAACCUGUAUUAGUGUUAGCAAAUAAACAGGACAAAGAAGGUGCAUUGGCAGAAGCAGAUGUAAUUGAGUGUUUAUCUCUUGAAAAGCUUGUCAACGAGCACAAAUGCCUGUGUCAGAUUGAGCCUUGUUCAGCUAUUAUGGGCUGUGGGAAAAAGAUUGACAAAUCUAUAAAAAAAGGUUUACUUUGGCUAUUACAUAUUAUAGCAAAAGAUUUUGAUGCCUUACAUGAACGAAUCCAGAAAGACACUACAGAGCAAAAAGCAUCUGAAGAACAAGAGAAACAAGAACGAGCUGAACGAGUGAAGAAGAUAAGAGGAGAAAGAGAACGGAAAGAGAGAGAAGAAGCUGAAUGUGAAGGACGGAUGCUGUCAGAUGAAAUUGACUCUGAGAUAGUAACUGGCAACCCAUUCCAGCCUAUAUCAACAGUAAUCGCUGAGAAUGAAAAGAAAGUUGAAAAAGAGAAGAAAAGGCAGCGGGAGGAGAAUGAAAAGGAUGCCAUUGCCUUGAAUCUUAAAACAGAUCAGGAGCAAACAGAGACUCAGAGCACGAUCAGCCAGCAAUCAAAUGACUGUAGACUACUAGAAAGUUAUAAAGCUGCCCUAACACAACGAUUGGAACAUGAAGAUGAGAAUGACCAGCAGAUCUUUGAAAGCCUUGAUUCUGGGGAUAAUGCUGCCUUGAAUACAGGACUCGAGAACAAUAAAAAAAAAUCAAAGAAACUAAAAUUAAAAAGGAGUCACCGAGUAGAACCAGUCAAUACAGAAGAUCAAGUUUCCCCAAAUCCUACACCAGUAGCACCUCUUGCACCAGUUGGCUGGGAAACCCCUAAAAUUAACAGAAUUCGAAAACUUGAACCUCUUGGUGAAACCCAUCGUAAUGAUUUCUUCGGGAAGCCCCUGCCUCCACUGACAAUACGGCAAAGACCUAACAGUGAUUCCCAUGAUGUCAUUUCUUAAUCAGCAGUCAUGCAUCAGCUUGAAACAUGGGGUGUGGAAAAGGAAAACCCAUGUUCAUUGUUAUCUUCUUAUUUGAUAAGAAACUUGCUGUUCUUAAAAGUUGCUGAGAAAGCUAUGAGUGCCUUGGAAUUGCGACAGUAAGAAUAGCAUUGAUGAAUUUAACUAUCAGUUACUUCUUGACUCACCAGCUCUUCAAGGGUUUAUACGGACAGAGAAAGUUUGUAUCAGUAGAACUCUUGGAGUGUCUGUGCAAGGCUCCUUAUUUUGUUGCUUUGCUGGAACAGAAAACUCUAACCCUGAAGAAAACUUCUUUCCCAAGACCAAAUGCAAUUUAACUUUGCAUAUAUAUUGAGCAUAUACAAUGACUGUUUCUGGUUAAGCAUAGUGACCAGUAUUUCUACAUUUAGUACUUCAGAGGUUUGUUUUUUUCUGAAGAUAUAUGCAUGUUGAAAUGAAAAGGUAUGAACUAUACAUUUUAACUAUUUUUAUAUUUUUUUCUAGUAUGUUGUUUGGAAAUUUGAGUUAACAGAACUAUUUUGAAAUAUUGGAAUUCAUAGUUCUAUUCACAAGCGGGACAUACUUCUGAAUGUCAUAUUGUUUUUUGCAACAGCAAUACAGUUUGUCUGUGUUUUGCUUCACAAGUUAUCCUUGCUGUUGCUGUGUUGAUAUUGUCUGUUGCCCUCAUCCACCAGGAGGAACUGCAUGCUCAAAUGAGUGCUGUGGUUGUUUUUCCCGAAGCUUAAAAGGCUAUUCCAGUGCCAGAGUUAGUGGAAUCACUACAGUCAUGUGUUUUGGAGAUGAGUAGAAGGACAGAAUCCCUGCCUUUUGUUCCAACUGAAGUCAUCUAGCUGAUGACUAGAAUCAUUCUAAAGAUUCUGGGAUGCCAUUAGAGUUGCCGUCUCCUGCCAAUCAUCUCUCUUGCCUUCUACUGCUUGAGGCAGUAGCAGGAAAAAAUUAAAGAAAAAAUGUUGCUGGUCUUUGUGUUGGUAUGUCACUUCCAGGCACAACCCAGAAGAGAUAAUAGAUAUCUUUAGGAAUUGCCAGAAACUCUUGUGGAAAAACCAUAGUUUCCAGCGAGUCCUAGAGCUACCCAUUGUCACUUCCAGGUUGUAUCUGGAAGAAACAUCAGUGAUGUCAUACAACCUUCCCCAACCCUCCCACUGGUUGCCAGGUUCAGCUUAGCAACCCUAGGCGCUAUGGAGCGGGCUUUUUCAUUGGGAGGAUGGGAGAGAAACAAGCAUUGCACCCAUUUGUUGCAUGUGCAUUUCCUCUUAUUAAAUGAGGGUGACUUAAGUCUUGAUCUCAUGUGAUAAUGAGACUCUCUGUAAAAUUAUGAUAAUUUUGUUUGUAGAAUGUGUCAUUAUCUCAAAAGAAUUUUCUGUCCAAAGGCCUAAAACUGCAACCAAAACAAAAAAAUGGGAAGCAAUCAGCACUUCAUCAUAUAGGAUAUAUUUUUUUCCUGUAAUUCUGAACUGAUUUUCUUGCAGCUCUGCUUGUUAUACUUUCUUGCCUAGAAUCAGAGGCUCUUGCAUAUGGGAAAUCUGCUGUUCGUUCAUGUGGGUAGGUGGGUGUGGGUAUGGUCACUUUUGUAUAAGCUUGUGAACACAAAUGUGGCCUUGAUAUUAAAGUGAAUGAGAAUGCUUCUAGUAGAGCUGAGCGUAUACAUCAGAACACUGUAGAAAUGUAGAAGGUGCUGCUCUGUCCUAUGUCUUUAGGAAACUGAGAAUGGCAUAGGAAUACAGAAUUCGUUAUUUGUUCUUUGCGUUUGUAUAUCUUUUGAAGAAAUUAACUUCUGCACCAUAAAUACAACUGGCACAAUUGAAAUAUCAAUAUUAAAUAUUAUCCAAAAUCAUCUAUUUAAGAUAAAAUUGUGGCCAAAUCAAUUUUGAUUUCAAAUUUGGCUAGUUCCCCCUUUUACAGCCUGUAGGUUUAAAAGUGAAUAUAGACAUUCAUGGGUACCAUAAUCAGGGUGUAUGAAUUUUAGUUUGGGGAGAAUACUUCCUUUUUAAACUAAAAUGACCGAUAGGAUGGUUUAAACACUAGUGCUGAAUCAUAUGUACAAGUCCAAGGGACGUAAUCUGAUAACACAGCUUGAUAGUUUAACCCAUCUUGCUGAAUGUGACAGACUUUUCCCUCAGUUCUACAAGCCUUCCUUUCCCUUGAUUAAUAUACAUCAAAAUAAUCCUGGGGACUAAAAAAAAAAACCUACCUGGCUUUUUGGGGGUGGGGAGGGUACUACAUGUAUAUUCCACACAUUCAUUUUAUGUCAGUUGAAAUAUAUAUUUGUUCUGGGACCAAGCUAAAAUGUUUCAUAAUUUUUGUGUAUUUAAGUAAUUAACUGUUUGUCUUUCUUCAUGACUGUAUUUGCUGAAUGUCAAAUCUAGAGAUUUUUAUGUCUGAAGUAAAAAUCAAUAUGAAAUAAAGUCUUAAUGCAAUAUUUAAGAACUAG